AGUCCAGUUCGCUGCGUGUGUCCUAAUCUGGUAUUUUUGUGCGUGGGACGUGUCCUACCUGUCCUACCCACUUCCCGCGCUACCGCUCAAAACAUCGUCCUAUUAUUUGAAGAUUACCGGUCAUUUCAAAUUACGAAAUAUGCACACUUCUAUAGCUGAAUGUAACUGUAUUCCAAAUGGAAUAUUAGCCAGCAUAUCGUAACACCCCUUGUUUCACAAUCCUCAAUCAGAAUAAACGGGUGAAGAACGACUCAAAACAACUGUGCCUGUGACUGCGACAACAUUGACAUUGUGCGUAUGUAUAACUCUGUUAUUCGACAAAUGAAAAAAGUACAUUUGGUAGAAAAUUUUUGAAUGACUGAUUGCAACAUUCGCAAUUAUGUGUUUCUGUUUAGAUCGUAGUGCAACUAGAAAACUAUUAGAAGGUGGGAGUGUUAUCGUUUAGUAUCGACAGGUCAUAUACUUGAUAGGAAUCUGACUGUACUGUUGAAGGUUUCUAAGAUAUUUGUAACAAUUGAUCUACAAAGCAGUUGACGACCGUGCUCGAGUUGCUCAAGUGAUUAGUUUCCUUUUAUGGGUUGUCGCAUUUCAUCCUCAAGCAAUGAAAAUUAUUCCUCAUCGAACAACGAGAUGCCGAACAGGACAACGGACCAACAACCCACGGUCGAUUAUAAGGCUCGUCUAGAACGAAAGCAAUGUCUGGCGAAAGAGACACCGGAACCAAUUUAUGAUCUAGCAGACUGCAAUCUGAAAGAUGUACCAUCGGGAGUGUUUAUUAUGUGCAAGGUUCUGCGGAAGGAGUUACUCUCGCUAGCUAGCAACAAGUUGACUUCACUUAACGGUGGGGGUGCACUAGUAGAUCUCCAUUUGUUGGUGACGUUAAAUUUGUCAAACAAUCGGUUUAAGAAGCUACCGGAUGAGAUCUACAGGUUGGAGAAUCUCAGGGAAUUAUUUGUAUCGAACAAUAGUUUGGAGAAAUUACCGGUAACAAUCAAUCGAUUAAAAAAGCUGGAACUGCUCGAUGUAUCCGUGAACAAUCUAACCACCCUGGAACAGGUAUCGUUUAUGCCUCAACUUAGGAUACUGAACAUUUGCGGUAAUGUUCGCCUAGAUAAACUGCCCAAUCAGCUGGCAACAUGUGAUAAUCUAGUAGAUAUAGUACUUGAUCCCAACACCGUUUCCGAACCUCCGGCGGACGUAACUACAGGAGGUACCUAUGCAAUCAUAAAAUAUCUCUCAACCGGCGAAAUCAUUCAUCGUCCCCCGUCACCAGAAGACCAGCAAGAUUCGUACACCCGCAGCACAAUCAAUUUCAUUGCUAGCGAGCGUGAUGAAUUGCGUCAAGUGGAAUUAGCUCGAGAAAAGCAUGAAAAAGAAAGAAAGCUUAUGGAAAGUGAACGAAUGGCCUACGAGAAGGAUUAUCUCGCCGAAAGCAAACUACAUGAGCAACAACAGCGGAAGAAACAGGAAUUGCUGGAGCAACUACUUCUACAGCAGAAUCAAAAUGACAGUAACGUUAACCGACUACAAGAAGAGAAGCAAUCCGAAAGGCAACGAUUAAUAAACGAUAUUUUGAAAGAUGAGCAACACUCUGGUGAGCUGGUAAAUAAUCUUCUUGCUCUGAAGAAUGGACCAGAUGCUGCAUUUUUGGAGCGCGAACGAGAAGAUCAAGAGCGAUUGGUCGAACAGCUUCGUAUACAGCAGAACGAUUUCCGCAAGCAGGAAAUUCUAACGGCAAUGACUGAUCUACUCGAGAACGAAAUCAAUGUCAUUCAAAAUUUCCACAACCAACGAGAUCAAUCAUCUCGAAACAUUUUGGAACGGGAAUACGAGACCAACAACCUACUGAAUAACGUAUUUUUGAACUACGAUCGGAACCGACAGGACAUUAUCGGUCAAAUAAACUGUGAUGAAGAAAUUCAAAAAUCGGCUGUAGCCGCUCUAAUAGCUAAGAACGAUUCUCGUACGUGGGGUCUGGUGGAACAGGUGAGAAUCGUUGAAUCACAACUAGCCGCCCUUACGACGUACGAAAUCGAACGGAAGAAGACCAAUCAGGAUGACCAAAUCAAUAAUCUCGCAGAGCAGAGGAUGAAUUUAACAUACGUGCUGAUGGAUUUGCUCAAACAACAGGACCAAAGAAAGCAACAGCUUCUUGACACGCUCAAAAUCAUAGAACGACAGAAGGAAGGCGAACAAACCGACUUCUGGCUAAUGCAAUACCAAAAAUUGCUAGACCAUCAACCGUCAGAGAUAACAAACGACACGGCUUCGGUGGACCCUAUUCUUGGUUAUCAAUUUCUGGAAAACGGAGUCGUUCAUUGUUUGCCGUUUUUGUCUAAGAUAUGGCAAAACAGGGAUAAGGAGCUGGCUAGCGUUAGUGAUCAGGACUUGAUUGAGGCGGGCGUACAAAAUCCCUCGGAUCGUGCCGCUAUCUUGACAUCGAUCAACAACUAUUACGAUUAUCUCAACCGCAGAAUAGAAUACCCCGAAGCGGAAUUGAGCCCAUCAACAUCGACACCAACAGCUCCUACUGAAGAAACGGAUCGCGAACUGGAAAUUCCAAGCUCGCCACCAGAGGAACCAUCAAACGUUGGCGCAGCUGUGCAAUUUUCGGAAUGUGUUGUAUGUUUGGAAGAAACGGUCCAAGUCAUAUUUCUCCCAUGUGGCCAUAUGUGCUGUUGCGCUGGAUGCCAUAUCAGUAUACGUGAUUGUCCCCUUUGCCGGGCGUACAUCGAAAGGAAGAUCAAGGUUAUCCAACCAUAACUGGACAUCACGAAUUGUUGAAGCUUAGCAUCGAAAAACGUGCAACAGAUAAAGCAAUCUACGCGAAGGAAUCAUUAUGUUGGGCGUACAAUGAAGUUUCAGAAAGAAGAUAGGAUAAAUCUACAAUUAGAUGAGUUUAUACACAACUAUAAGAAGAUUCACUACUCAAACGCACGAAUCGUUUUUGGAACCAUACAUUAACCAGUGCAGAAAACAUUCAUUCCUAGCCUGAGCAAUUUUUUCCAUAUCCUCAAUAAACACUAGUCAAAUUUCGUCGCACAUUUCGGAUUUAAAAUUCGUUUAAAACUUACUGUCAACAUCGUUGUGUGACGUGUGUCGAUUUUAAACCUUACGGAUAGAAGUAUUCAUUGUUUCAUUAAACUGUUUGAAAUUUAAGCUUUGUUGAAAAUUUUUAACCAAAAAUUGCACUACGAUCUAGCUUUAAGUCCUUUACAGUCUAACUUUAAACAGGUUUUAGAACAUCUUAUAUCAAUAUAGAAUAAUCAUAUGUUAAAGUCCCGGAAUGGCAUAGAGCGAACCAAGUGGAAUUCAACAAUUAUACAUUAUAUAGUGCCUUUUUCGGAGAAAAGGAAACAUUAAGAUGAUUAUAGAACGAGGCUACACCUCGAACUUUCCAGAGCACAAGUCUUGAGAAGCGAACAGCGCUCCGCGUUGAAAAUUUAUUCGAUUGGUCAGCAAUUUGAUCGAUUUUGAACACGAGAACGUUCUCUAGACUUGUGAACUUGAAACUUCAAAGUUUGGCUUCGUUUUAUAAUCACCUUAAACAAAGCAUAAACGCUGUCAUUACACAACAUUAGAUAUUAAACAUUGAGACACAAAUAUUGUAAUUAUAGUUUCUAAGGCACACAUCUAUAAAUUACGACUCUAGUAAAAUUAUUCUAAGCGAGUAACAAAAGACUUCGUUUAAUAGUCUCCUAUUAUGAUAUUAUUGAUACCGUGACCAACUAUUGAUUUUUGAGGAGCCGUAUCGCACGAUUAUUUCCUAAAAAACUAACACAAACCGCCAAAACGGCUAUCCUUAUAUUUUACUUUAAACUUCUCCAUGUGUCCAAUAUUGUGUUUAUAUAACUAACGAUUCAACAUUGCGAGAAGAAACAUCACGAAAAUAAUGUUAUCUCUUCAAUUACUACUAGGAACGAAAAAUAGGGUGGAAACCUCUAAGAUACAUUUUGUUAUGAGUUGUCUGGAAUUCGACCGUGUGAUAAAAUUUCAUCGUGAGUUUUGAAACCAAUAGCUUUGAGGAAACCAAAGCUGUUUAAAUGCCCUAUAUCAACAGCAGUGAUUGGUUACACUAAACUGGUUGUCACGAGUCCAAUUCAUUUGAUCAGCCUAUUCGGGCCAUGUUAAGAACCAGGAGGAAACCCUCAUGUCAAAAUGAAUUUUAAGUAUUCGGAAUAUGAUACGAAUCGCUACGUACCUAACAUCAGUUUGUAUUAAAUCACAUGAUAAGAAGCAGGUCACGGUAUAUAUACUCGAAAAGGCAGCUUAAUAACGAUACCUUGAUAAACAUUCUCUUCACAUACUUUCAUUUAUACUUCAAAAUUUUUAUAAUCGACCUAGCUUAUCCAUAUCUACUCA